AUGGUCCCUUCAAGAAUGAUUGAUCUUCCACGUACCCGGCCGAUUCUGUGGAUCACAUCGAGCAUGGUGAAGAAGAAGACCAAGCGGAAAGGAGGCGAUGACGCCGAUGGCUUGGUCAAAAAGGCCCAGAAGCGGCGCAAGAGCCUUGUGGAGAAGGUGGAUGGCCCAUCUGCAGCUGACAAGCUACUCCCAAGGACUCUGGAGGAGCGAAUGAACGCUCGCCGCAUCGUGGUGAUCCUUGAGAAGUGCCCGCUUGAGGUCAUCGCGCCUCGCAAGGGUGCGAUGGAGCUGAUGAACAGCGACGACCACAAGGGGCUGUGUGCCAAGAAUGGACGAGACCUUGCGGAUGUGAGGCCCGACAUCACGCACCAGUGCCUGAUGACGUUGCUGGACAGCCCCUUGAACAAGGCUGGGAAGUUGCUGAUCUACAUCCACACAGCCAAGCACGUGCUGAUCGAGGUGCAUCCCUCGCUGCGUGUGCCGCGCACCUUCAAGCGCUUUGCAGGGCUCUGUGUGGAGCUGCUGCAGCGUCAGAAGAUCCGGGCGGCUGGCGCGAAUGAGACUUUGAUGAAGGUCCGUGAUUAA